AUGGAUGGACCCAUUACCACCGACAGUGACUAUACUGCCUCGCAGCGUCCGUUUUCCGGGUCGAUCGGUUUUCCUAUGGAUGACGAAGAGACUAGUCGCAGAGGUAGCGCCGUUGGACAUCCUCUAGCGCAGCCGGUCUCGAUACCUGCUACCAACGGCUUGAGGUACAACGCCCAACAGUCUGCGAUGCAGGAUGUGCCCGGUCCUUUCAGCUUUGCUACAUCUCCUACCAUUCUGAUGAGUCCCACCGAUUCAUGCUCCGACACUUUCUCGCCGGCAUCCGGCUCAAUUUACUCCCAUUCACCAGGUUUACCCUAUGACAGAAUGUCCGACUUCAGGUCCCAUCGGGUUCCUCCCCUUCAACCGCCUGCGGGGAUGUCUUCAGCCGUACAAUCGCAGGGUUCGGGGAUGGUGGGAGGUGCGGGCAUCAUGAGAGACACCUACCCGGCAACUUAUACCCUUCAGCGAAGCACCUUUCCCUCGCUUUCCAGUUUGAACGACAUGUCGCGGAUUCCGCCAUAUACGACCACGCCACGGGCUCUUGAUGGGACGGUAGACCGCCCGCAAAGUCUGCUUCUAGGGCAAAGCAUGAUGUUUGAUUCCCGGAUACACCAUCCGACAGAUGCUCCUCCAUUUUCCGACACCGCCGUCCUGCAAUCGAUCGUUUCUGGAACGCAGACCAUCAAGCCGGAAAUCCAGGCCAAAAUUCACAAGGGAUUCUUCCUGGUUGACGACAAGUGGACUUGUUACCGACGCAAUUACUUUUCCGUGUCCUGCUCGUUCUCUCUACUUCCUUUCACGCACGCCCCGCUUUUCCUCAAGUUCACGGAUCAUUCGACCGAGCGGAUUCUUUCAUUUGCCAUGUCAAUAUCAGCGAUUGUGAAUGCGCAGUAUGGCGAGGUCCGAGAAUUGGUCCAACAUACUCCCAAGCGUGAUAAGCAGUCCGAGCGGAAGCCAGGAAAGGUGAUUUUGCAACCCAGCCAGCCGCCGCCAUUGGUUCUGAGCCACGGUUCCAUGGGCAUUGGCAGCCAACAUGGAUUCUCAUUGACCACCUCUCCCCCGAGUGGAAUGUCGGUCGACUACGCCGCCCCGUACAGCAGCGCUCCGCAGCCCGCGCAUCCUCCCACGCAGCACACUUUUGAGCGCAUCCAGUUUCAGAAAGCUACGGCAAACAAUGGCAAGCGGCGGGCCCAGCAGCAGUACUACAACCUGGUGGUCGAGCUCCACGCGGAGAUCUCGAAUCCGGUGGGCGGCGAGGACACCCAAUGGGUGAAGAUUGCCCGAAGGCUCUCCCAUCCAAUGGUGGUGCGUGGCCGCUCCCCGGGCCAUUACAAAGACGGCCGUCGCGACAGCUCGACGAGCAUGGACCCUAAUGGGGGGCGCGGUGGCUCGGGCGACGGCGUGCUACCUCCGGGCAUUGGACAUCACCCACGGUCUCACUUGAUGAUGUCGUACGACCCACCGCGCAGUGGCCCACCCUACGGUCGGGCGGAUUACCAUCAAAUGACAGGUCCCGACCGAUCGUCCCUAAGCGAGAGCCCGCACAUCUCGUCGUCUUCGUCGUCGGCCUUUGACAUCGGGGCCUUGAAUGACUCCAUGGACCCGAUAGAAUCCAUCAAAAGCACUUCCAGCAUGGAUUCCUAUCACGACCCCGGGUUCGGAGCGAUGGAGCGCAAGCCAGAAAGUCAGUAUCGUUUCAAUUUGCCCCCUUUCGGGUACGACGCUGUGUCUAAGAAUAGCGAGGAACCCGGCACUAGCUAUCCCGAGGCGUUUGAUUCGAUGGUUUCAAUGAUGCCUCAUGAACAGCACCAGCAUGAGUCUCCUCCCCAUUACUUUAAACCUCCGAUGAAAAUUACGCCGCCGGGGUAUCAUCAUACCUCUGGGGGCUAUGACCCGGCCUGCCCUGCUCGGACCAGUGAUGGAGGUGGCCCCUAUGGUCGAUAUCCAACUUCUCACAGUCUGUGCGCAUAG